GAUUCAGCUGUUCAAUUUGUUUUUAGUUCUUUAAGUUACAAGAAUUUAUUUGUUUAUAAAGUUUUAGCUGCAAUAUGUCCGAACGUAAAGUAUUAAAUAAAUACUAUCCACCAGAUUUUGAUCCAUCAAAAAUUCCACGCAUUAAAUUGCCAAAAAAUCGGCAGUACACUGUAAGAUUGAUGGCACCUUUCAAUAUGCGUUGCAAAACUUGUGGGGAAUACAUUUAUAAAGGUAAAAAAUUUAAUGCUCGAAAAGAGGAUGUCGAAAAUGAGACUUACUUAGGGAUUCGCAUUUAUCGCUUUUAUAUAAAAUGUACCCGAUGUCUGCAGGAAAUUUCCUUUAAGACCGAUCCCAAAAAUACUGAUUAUGAAAUUGAAGCAGGAGCCACAAGAAAUUUCAUGGCAUUAAAGUUGGCAGAAGAGCAAGCUCGUAGAGAAGAAGAAGAAGCACGAGAAGAAGAGGCAAAUAAUCCAAUGAAAUUGCUAGAAAAUCGCACUGAACAGUCUCGUAAUGAAAUAGAAGUAUUAGAGUCUUUAGAAGAGUUAAGAGAUUUAAAUCGUCGUCAUCAAACAGUGGAUUACGAGACUUUACUUAAACAAUACGAUAAUGGAGAGACUGAACGAGAACGUUUGGAAAGACAAGAACGAGAAGAUGAAGAAUUUAUAAAGUCUGUUCAAUUUAAAAAACAAUCCGCCGGAAGUAAGAUAAUUGCAGAGGAAAUAAUUGAGGAAAUAUCUGAUGAUAAAGGUUUUAACGAACCACCAUCUAAAGUUGCAAAAACGCAGGCUAAACAACAGAGCUUACAAAGCACUCAAAUACAAAAAAGUAAGAAUCCAAAUGUAAUUGCCCGUAAACAGCCGCUUGUUCUAGUAAAAUCAAAAAAGGUAACAGAAAAUAAAACGAUUCAUGUUGAAUCCAAGAAAGAAACAGGAAAACCCGUCUUGAACAACCCUAGUAAAGGCUUAUCACUCUUAGCGAAUUAUACUGAUUCAUCUGAAGAUUCGAAUUAAAAUAAUUGUAAAAGUACCUACAUUUUUAAAAAUUAAAAUA